GGAAUACUUAUAUUAGUUCUUCUGGCGCUCAAAUUUUCUAAUCAAUCCAAUUUGGGAUUCAGUUGGCUAGGGUUUUCUCCUCUGUAAAAUCAAGCACAAAGUCAACUAUUACUUCUGAUUUCAGUGAAAACGUAGCCGUGGUCGCUGCGUGUUUUUCUGUUGCUUAGGUUUAGCAGAGAGAGAGAGAGUGAUGGACGGUGAAGAAUUGACAGAGCAGGAAACCGCCCUCUAUGAUCGUCAAAUCAGGGUUUGGGGUGUUGAUGCUCAGCGCAGGCUGAGUAAAUCCCAUGUUCUUGUUAGCGGACUGAAUGGCACUGCUGUUGAGUUUUGCAAGAAUAUCAUCCUUGCAGGAGUAGGUAGUUUGACAUUAAAUGAUGAUCGCCUGGUUAGUGAUGAAUUGCUGUCCGCAAACUUCUUAGUGGAUCAGAAUAUUAGCUCUGAGAAACCUCUGGCUGAGCUUUGCUGUGACUCUUUGAAAGAUUUCAAUCCCAUGGUUCGUGUUUUGGUGCAAAAAGGCGAUCUUUCAAGCUUUGGUGUUGAUUUCUUUGAAAAAUUUGAUGCUGUUGUCGUCAGUUGUUGCUCUCUAAAAGCAAAAAAGUUGAUAAAUGAGAAGUGUCGCAAGUCAUCAAAGCGUGUGGCAUUUUAUGCGGUUGAUUGUAGGGAUUCCUGUGGUGAGAUAUUUGUUGAUUUGCAAGACUACAUUUAUUCAAAGAAAAAGGUUGAUGAGAUGGAAGAGUGUAGGCUCCAGUAUCCCAGCUUUGAGGAAGCCAUUGCAGUCCCCUGGAAGUCUCUCCCUAGGAGAUUGUCAAAGUUAUACUUUGCUAUGAGAGUUAUUGAAAUAUUUGAGUCACAAAAUGGGAGGAAUCCUGGCCAAACUUCAGCUGCGGACUUGCCUGUUGUUUUGAACUUAAGGAAAGAGCUGUGUGAGACCCAGUCACUGAGUGAAUCCCAGGUACCUGAUACUCUCGUUGAGAGAUUGUUAGCCGGCACUAGAGAAUUUCCACCAGUUUGCGCUAUCAUUGGGGGAAUCCUUGGGCAGGAAGUUAUCAAAGCAAUAUCUGGGAAAGGGGACCCUUUGAAGAAUUUCUUCUAUUUUGACGCGAUGGAUGGUAAAGGCGUAAUAGAGGACUUAUCACCUGAAAACAAAUGACUAACGUUGUAGGUUGAGUUAGUGCUUGGCUAGGUUUACUCAAAACAUCCCAUGAUGGAAGUUUUGUUACAAGCUUUUGUAGUAUAUAAUUCACUCUGACAUGUUUCCAUUUGAUGAUCUUUAGCUUUUAGUCUUGAUCUUAUUUCAGGCAAGCUGCAAUGGCUUCUCUUGAAAUCCUUCCAUUAGGAAACUCAUUGUGUUCCGUACCCGUAGUCCAUUUUGCCGUAACCUCAAGUAGGUCUUAUUGGCUUCGGCCUUCACUUUGUUUCUCUUAGAAUUCUGUUUAACAAUAUAUAUAUUUAUUUAUUUUUGUUUCCUUUUGUCCUAUUUCCAAGUUUUUUGAAUGUGUUUUUUCCGGUCUGUGUAAUGAUGAAAUUUAAGGUAGGGCUGAAACAUUCAGGGGGGAUAAUGAAAAUUUUGUUCCUUAAACAUCUUCCAGAAAUCAGAAGUUCAA